UCACAAGGGCUUGAAGUUUGCACAGGUCUGAAGACAAGAAUACCAUGUGCUUAACGAAUGGGGGUCAUCGGGAAUCGAACAUAAGACCUCUCGGUCACAGAAGGCUCUAAUACCAUGUCAAGAACCAGUUGAUCUCAAUAACUCGAGUUGUUGGGAGAGGUUCAAUCGUGGAUCAUAUACCACAACAUUAACAAUUCUCUCCCCCAAAUACACUGAUUCCCCAUGGUGCUUGGAGGAGCUCGAGAAGAUUCUCCAGUGUAUGAAGCUGCACGGACGGAGGGUUAUACCGGUUUUCUACGGCGUCGAUCCUUCUACGGUCGAAAACCAGAAAUUGCCCUCUUCUGCCGCUGGGAGAAUUCGAAGCUGGAGAGGUGCAUUGAGUGAAAUAGCCAACCUCUCCGGAUUCGAUUCUCAGUUCAUCAGACCUGAAACUAAACUCGUCGAGGAAAUCGUUGAAGCUGUAUUCCAGGCAAUACGCUGCUGCUGCAGCAGCCAGAUGGUAAAUUUUUCGUCAUAUUCGGCUAGUAGAGGUUUGGUUGGAGUGGAAAGGCAGAUAGAACAAUUACAAGCCUUGUUGUGCUCCGACGAGAGGAGUAAUUGGACGAUUGGACUGUCGGGAAUGGCUGGCAUUGGGAAGACUACUCUUGCUAAGGCUUUCUUCGACCUAUUCUCCUCUCGAUUCGAAGCUUCAUACUUCUUCAGCAAUUUUGCUCGCUCGAUGGCUAGCGGGCUGUCUGUAUUGCCAUUUGGUAAUUUGCAAAAUGACUUCUUUUCAAAGCUGUUGGGCGAUGAGAAUGGCAGAGCAGGUGGAAGAGUAUCCUAUGAUUUGAUGCUUCGCCGCCUUGGUUGUAUGAAGGCUUUGGUUGUGAUUGACGAUGUGGGCGACAUUGGCCCCCUGAAGGAUCUGUUAAAUGGACAGUAUUGCAAUUUAUUCGGCCCGUGCAGUGUGAUCAUCAUGACGAGUAGGAACAAACAACUUCUUAAGAGUGUUUGUGAUCUUGUAUAUGAAGCCAAGGGUCUGGACUAUGAAGAAGGGCCUCGACUUUUCCGCUUGCAUGCCUUCAGACAACAAAAUGUCCAAACUGAAUAUUUGCACAUGAUCGGGAGAGCAGUGAACUAUGUCAGUGGAAAUCCAUUAGCAACUACCGUGUUGGGUGCACACUUAUUUGGUCGGGACCUCAAGUUUUGGGAUCGUGAGUUAGGCGCCUUGGAAGAUAAUCCAAACUCAGUGGUUCAGAAUGUAUUGCGAAAGAGUUACGAUGGAUUGAGUAGAGAAGAAAAGGAUAUAUUCCUUGAUCUUGCAUGAUGUUUUCAAUAUUGGAUAUAUCGCUGGGUAGAUCACAUUGCGGAAUUAAUGGGUUUAGAAGGUGGGAGAGUGAACCUCAUCGCUAACCUUGUGGAUAAGUUUCUUAUAAUCACUGAUUCCAAUGGACUACAAAUAGAAGUUAAUCGUCUGCUAGAAGUCCUUGCUCGCAGCAUUGUCAAUGAAGAACGACAAAUUGAAAAACGUUCGAGGUUGUGGAAAUCUCAAGAUAUUUAUUAUCUAUUUCGCAAAAACAAGGUAUAAAGUCUUACUUUUUGU